AUGAAUUAUAUCGAAGUGAAAUAUCCAGAAAUUUUAAACGACCAAGAGUUCAUAGCUGAAAUCUUGGAAAAUCUGAAUCUUAUCAUCAACACAUACGAAGCUACCACGAGCUGGAAUGACGUGAGCACAGCCAGCAAGGCUGAGGAUUUAGAUGGGAACCAGGCACUCAGCUGGCAUAGGAACGGUUACAAAACUCUCUUUGAUAUACUAUUGAACACUUAUAAAAAUGGAACAGGGCUGCAGAACUUGAAAUAUUAUUUGAACACUGAGGUGACACGCAUAGAUUGGACGCAGGGCACUAGCAAAAAGGUUGUUGUCACAUGCAAAGAUGGCCGCUCAUUCACAGCUGAUAACGUUAUCGUUACGGUCUCGGUGGCCGUUCUGAAAGACAGACAUGUAUCUAUGUUUGUGCCGUCGUUGUCAAAGAAAAAAGUGGACGCCAUAAACAAUAUCAAGAUGGGUGUUGAGGGGAAAAUUAUGUUCUCAUUCCCGACACGUUGGUGGGGAGAGACCAAUUUCUUUGAUUUGAUUUGGAGGACGAAAGACAAGGCGUCAGAAGAUUUGUGGCUCACAAAAAUUCCAGUAAUUAGUCGUCCGAUGGGAGCUAGCAAUGUGUUGAGUCUGUGGAUUACAGGAGAUUAUGCAGUGAUGAUGGAAAACCUCCCUGAAGAUGAAGUGAAACAGAAGGCAAUGGGCUUAUUAAGAAGAUUCUUAGGAGCAAAUUAUACAAUACCGGAACCAUUAGCGAUGAUAAGGUCACAAUGGCAUACAAACCCGUUCACCCGCGGCAGCUACACGUACGAUGAUGUAGACUACCCCCACCACCCGACCGCACGCGCGGAUCUGGCGGAGCCAAUCACAGACGCGGACGGCGCGCCCAUUGUACUAUUCGCCGGUGAGGCGACGGACGUGACCCAUUUCGCGACAGUACACGGAGCUGUGGAUACAGGGCAUAGAGAAGCUAUGAGACUGCUGAAUAAAGUUUGA